AUGCCCUUGGCUCACUUCUACUCCCUGCUAACCCACCUGGACAACAGCGAGGGUUUACGGUCAGACAACCUAGACAAUCUUCUGCAACACGUCUUCAAGAAAUUUGUAAAAAACAAUGAACGGGUAGCCUUGGCUGGUGAUCUCAAUGUUGACUUUUUAAAUCUAGAAAGUUCUGAAACGGAAGUGUUCCUGAAUUUAUUAAGAUCUUUUAACCUCUACUGUACAAACCACAGCCCAACACGUCUUACUGCUGGCCUGGACAACAUCUACACCAACCUAACACCGGACUACUACGAAGUUUCCCUGGUUGACCAAGAUAUCUCCGAUCACACUGGAGUCUGGCUGAAACUUAACCUACAUCAUGACGUCCCUGCUCCCAAAGAAGACACACCAAUGAGAAAGAGACGCUUAAUGAACGAGACUACAUGGACGAUCGCCUCACAUCAUGACCUGUUUAUCUGAUGUAAACUCUUUAUCUUUAUCUUUGUCUGCUCUUAUCUUGUUUUUAAGCUAUGUGUCUCAACUCUAUGUAUUUUAC